CAGCCUGCUGCAGACAGAUCAAACAGUUCCCCUGAGCAGAUGUUUUGAGGCACCUACCCCGCCACAGCAUGUGCUCAACAUGUCAAUAUCUUUACCGUUUCUCAAUAUAUCAUCGCCGCGCUUCUUGAAGGAUAAGUCCCUAAAACCCGCGAUGUGCGUUAAAAGCAAAGCGUCCAAGUGAGAUCUUUUUCCCAGAGCUGCUGUGUUUUCACAACUGCCCUCCACACCACAACUGAGACUUAUCGGUGCCCGCAGUCCGCUUGUUCGCGCCCUGCCGCCGCCACCAGAGGAGCGAUGCCUCCCGGUGUUGUGACCGCGCCACGGAGCUCAUCAGCCGGCUGCUUCUGCGCCUGCUGCGGGGCGAAGAUGAGACCGUAUUUCACCGAGAACUCCGUGAUCUCUCGGGGGGAAAUUUAUCAGCUCAUCAGUGAAAGUUUCCUGACAGUUAAAGGAGCUGCUCUCUUCUUACCUCGAGGAAAUGGCUCCUCCCCUUCUUCUGCCUCUCGCUUCUCACAGCUGCGCAGCAAACAUGCAGGAGACAUCCAGCAGCAUCUGCAAACCAUGUUCACGCUCCUCAGACCAGAGGACAACAUCAAACUGGCGGUUCGAUUGGAGAGCGCCCACUCUCAGAUCACCCGCUACAUGGUGGUGGUCUCAACCAAUGGUCGUCAGGACACGGAGGAGAGCGUAGUGCUGGGAAUGGAUUUCAGUCCCGUAGAUAGCUCAUGUUCUGUAGGGCUGGUUUUGCCCUUAUGGAGCGACACGUUGAUACAUCUGGACGGAGAUGGGGGUUUCAGUGUGUCAACUGAUAGCAGAAUACAUGUUUUCAAGCCUGUUUCCGUGCAGGCCAUGUGGUCGGCCCUCCAGUCACUCCAUAAAGCAUGCGAGGUGGCUCGUUGUCACAACUAUUUCCCAGGCAGCUUGUUCCUCACGUGGGUCAGCUACUAUCAAAGUAGGGUCUCCUCCGACCAGGUACGCAUCAAUGAGUGGAAUGCAAUGCAGGACGUGCAGUCACACCGUGCGGAUUCGCCUGUGCUUUUCUCUGACAUACCUACGGAAAGAGAGCUGACAGAGCGUCAGAUCAAAACCAGUUUGAAGGAGAUCAUGAUGCAGAAAGACCUUGAGAAUGUCACCUGCAAAGAGAUCCGAACAGAGUUGGAAAUGCACAUGACAUGCAACCUGCGAGAGUUCAAAGAGUUCAUCGACAAUGAGAUGAUUGUCAUUCUGGGCCAGAUGGACAGUCCUACAGAGAUCUUUGAUCAUGUCUUCUUGGGAUCUGAGUGGAAUGCAUCUAAUUUGGAGGAGUUGCAGAAUAGCGGGGUUCAGUACAUCCUGAAUGUAACGAGGGAGAUUGAUAAUUUCUUUCCUGGAGUGUUUGAGUACCACAACAUCCGUGUUUACGAUGAAGAGGCCACUGACCUGCUUGCUUAUUGGAAUGACACCUACAAGUUCAUAUCUAGAGCCAAGAAAGCUGGAUCCAAGUGCCUGGUGCACUGUAAAAUGGGUAUAAGUCGUUCUGCCGCCACAGUGAUCGCAUACGCCAUGAAGGAGCACGGCUGGGAUUUGAAAAAGGCCUUUGAUUACGUCAAGGAGCGUCGAGCUGUGACCAAACCAAACCCCUCUUUUAUGAGACAACUGGAGGAGUAUCAGGGCAUACUGCUGGCCAGCAAGCAGAGGCACAACAAACUGUGGCGUUCUCACUCUGACAGCGACCUGUCUGACAACCAUGAGCCACUGUCUAAAUCUUUCGUCCAACCGCACAGCCUGGGUCACUCCGACCCCCACAACCAGGCCAGCAGCACACCUAGUCCCUCUGUGAAAGAACUGCUGCAAUCACGGGGAACUUCAGCCAGCACUGGCAAACCGACACACUCCACUAGCCAGCCUGAUACUGGCAUCCAGUCCAAUCAAUUCAGCUCUUCUUCCUCCGAGAGGGUGGCAGCUCUAUCAGCCGAUGCCGAAGCUAGAAGUCUCGUGGCCCCUUCUCAUUCUGCGGUAGUUCAGAUCAACCAGUUGGACUCCCCAUGUCCCGAGCUGACCGCUGACUCAGUUUCUCAAUUAUCUCCCCCAUUGUCCAACGGCUUAUGUGACUCUGAGGAACAUCCCUCAUCACCUCCUCUCUCCCAGCCAUGGGCUGCCACGGUGGUGCCUGAGCUUCAAAAGACAGACAUCGUGACUGUUGCACAGAGUGUUUUAGUGGGCCAGCCUCACCCACCUCCAUCCUGUCACCACCUGCCCCUCUCCCCCGCUCCGUCCCCAACUCCAGCCUGCGUGGAUGAGGUUAUCAAACCACAGUCGUUGUCCUGUUCUCUGCCUGUGAUAAAACCGAUGCUAGUGUCGGUGCCUGAGCCCAUGACAACCCAAACACAAGGACCCCAGUGUCUGGCUGCACCAGUGCCUGUCAAAAAAACAGACUGUGACCAACAGAUGUGUGGCUUGUCUUUAGACGAUUUAGCGACCCAUCCUCCCUCCACUACUGACUCUAUCAGCUACCCCAGUGCCAUUUCACAAGACAACGAGGUGUUGUUCGGCCACAGUGCGGAUCACAUUAAUUUCUUUAGUGCCAGGGAAAAAUUCAAGGGAAUGAGUCAAGAUGGUAAAAGCUGCCAGCUGAAGAGUUGUGGCAAGGAACAGCAACCACUGCCUCAAGAGGUCUCCACUAGUGAGGGGAAGGAGGAGGAGAAAAGAAAGGAAAUGAUCAUCCCUGUGCAGGUCACAGGACUGAAGGAUGCCGUACACAUAGAGGUUUCACAUCGUGACCCUCUUAGCCAACCAGAGCCUCAGGGCCCCCAGGACCAGGAAGCAAGGAAGUCGAGGCAGGAAAUAGAGGAUGGAGAUGUUUCAUCACAGAAGGAAGCUGAGAAUGUUAAAGAGGAAGUGAAAAACAAUGAAGAGGAGGAGACCACUUCUGCUCGUCUCUACAACGAUUGGACGAGGGGAUCUGUGCGGCGUGUCACACGACAGCUUGAGCAAAGAAUGAAACAGGAGCACGAGACUCCGGUACUCUCCUCAUCUCCACCGUCCCUAUCAAGCAGCUCCUCUUGUUCUCAGCGCCGUCCACCCAGUGUACAUCCUGCGACCAUGUCUAAUCCCCAGGAUGCAUCAGUUAGCUCGCAGUCAGUUAGCAGCGUGCAGGAAGAGCUGGAGGAGGAGAAUGAGAGGGUUGGACCAGUUGAAAGAGAGAGUGGUGAUGUAGUUGAGAUGGGGGCAAAUAAUGAUAGAAGCACUAAAGGACACAAACUCCAGCCUGCUGAUAUUAGAUUGCUCUCUACCUCUUCUCCUUUCCACCGCUCCUCCCAUUCUCCCUUUGCCUCUGUGAACUUCCUGUGUUUAGAGGGCGUGACAGAGCUUGAGUCAUGCACAGACUGGGACUGCUCCACAGCGGUACCCCAUAGUGACAUUAUCAUGAGGGAGACAUGGGAGACUUUGUGCGAGCUGGGUGCCUUCCUGCAGCAGGUGAGCAUGGGCGGAGCCUGCAGGACCAGGUGUGUGGACCAGGUUUUUGGCCUCAGUGCUACCGCCACCCAAAAGCGAGUUAGCGGUGUCAAUAGGAGGGUCAGAGAGGUGGAAGCCAGGAUUCGCCAGGCAGGACUGACCCCUCCAUCCCUGCUGAAGCGCUCAGCCUCUCUGGCCAAACUGGGCUGUCUGGAGCUGCUCGCCAAUGACCUGAGUGAAUGGGAGCUCAGCCGCUCGUCUGUAGCGCCGUCCUCAGCAGAACCUCCGAUCCAUGCAGUUAGCGAUGAGUCCAAGAAGCAGCGGGUCCACAACUCUCCUUCCUCAGACACCCAGCAGCCAGAGGACUUCGGGAUUGGUGCAGAGAGUCUCACUGAAGCAGGAGAACCUUCAACACCUCCGCCAUCUCCACCGUCAAAUCCGAAUCCGCAAGCAGCACAACUCCCCUACUCUGACCAAGAGUCUCUGCAUCUUCCUGGGCUGACACUUAUGACAACAAGGCAGCAAUACGGAAGGACUCAUCCCCUGAGGAGGCUUAAGAAAAGAACUGCUAGUACCCUUUACCACACCAUGUAACCCUCACCGUGCGUGUGUGUGAGAGAGAGAGAGAGAGGAUCAUCAGAAAUGGAAAUUAAUGCAUAUGUUAGAUUUAUUCAGCAAAACAAACCAAUGCCUCUUGCCUUAAAAGAUAUGUUAAGUACUUUCUGUACAUUCUCUCCCCCCC